UGGGAGGAGGAGGAGGAGAAAUAAUUUUUAUGAUGUCUGAAGGCCAUUCUCUGGGGCUGCUUGCCCCUCUCUUCCUCUGCCUGGUGGGGUUCUUUCUCCUCUGUUCCUCAGUAUGGACCUUUAACUUACAUGCAGAUGAUCCCACGGUGUAUUCUGGGCCCAGCAGAAGCUAUUUUGGGUUUGCCUUGGAUUUCUACCGGGACAGUAAAGGCAGAAUGAAUGUGAUUGUGGGGGCCCCACAGGCCAACACUUCCCAGCCUGAUGUGAUGGAGGCAGGAUCUGUCUAUCUGUGCCCCUGGGUACCUAAUGGUGGCAACUGUACCCCCAUUGUGUUUGAUACCAAAGGUGAUCAGGUAGAGCAGCGUGGCUAUAUGAAAGUGGCAACCUACAAGUCCCAUCAGUGGUUUGGAGCAUCGUUGAGCACCUGGAAAGAGACCAUCUUGGCCUGUGCCCCUCUGCAACACUGGAAUGCCUUUGACAACAAAGAGGAGGCCACAAAGACCCCUGUGGGCAGUUGUUUCUUAGCCACAGAAGACCUGAAGCACAUAAUUGAAUACUCACCAUGUCGUCAAAUCCAAAUGCAACCAGUUUACAAGGCAACCUCAUAUGCAAACGACAAGCGCUACUGUGAAAUUGGAUUCAGCUCUGCCAUCUCUGAUUCUGGGAGGCUGUUUCUUGGGGCUCCGGGUGGAUAUUACUUUGGAGGUCUGAUCUAUUCUGUCAAUUUGUCAGCGGUCCAAGCGAGUGCUCCUCACAACCCUACCUUGUUGUGGACAGCGAGCCAGCAGCAAGUAACAAAUGAUUUCACGUCCUCAGAUUACAACGAUGGAUAUCUAGGGUAUUCAUUGGCUUUUGGGGAGUUUAAUGAUGACUCCAAGUCACCAGAGUGUGUGGUGGGCGUUCCUAACAAGAGCCUAACAAAAGGAGUGGUGGAAAUUCGCACCUCCAAGUAUUACUUCCAUGUUCUGUGGACCCUCCCCAGUGAACAGGUGGCAUCUUAUUUUGGGCACACAGUUGCAGUUGCUGAUGUCAAUGGAGAUGGGAAAGAUGACAUUCUUGUGGGGGCCCCUCUCUUCAUGGAGCGUCACUCCGACAGCAAACUCUAUGAAGUGGGAAGAGUUUACUUAUACCUGCAGCGGAAGACCCCCACGGCUUACAGCACCCCUUGGCAGACCCUGACAGGCAUGGAUGUCUAUGGGCGCUUUGGCAUGGCCAUUGCUCCCCUGGGUGACAUAGACCAGGACGGAUACAUUGAUAUAGCCAUAGGAGCCCCCUUCGCUGGCCAAGACGGGGGUGGUCGCGUUUACAUCUACCGCGGGCAAAGUGAGGGCCUGAGGGGGUCCCCAAACCAGAUCCUCAACAGUCCUUUCUCUGGACCUGCUGGCUUUGGUUUUGCCAUCCGUGGAGCUUCAGACAUCGAUGCUAACGGCUAUCCUGAUGUGCUGGUUGGAGCCUUCCGAGCCAGUAAGGUAGCUGUGUACAGAGCUCAGCCAGUAGUGAUUGUCAAAGCCCAGAUGAUCAUGCCAGAUGCCCUCAACCCAGAGGAGAAAAUCUUCACCAUCCAGAUGUGUGUGGAAGUGUCAGGAAAGAGCAUUCCACAGAAUAUAGACCUGAACGCUGAGCUGCAGUUGGACCGCAUGAAGCAGAAAUUUGGGCGACGGGUUUUCUUGCUGCAAACCACCCAAUCAAGCCAGACGUUCCUGCUGAAACUGUCAGGGAAAAAAAACCAAACCUGCCAGAAUGUCACGGCUUAUCUGCGGGAUGAGGCGGAUUUCAAGGACAAACUGAGCCCCAUUGUUGUGAGCCUCAACUUCAGCUUGGCAUCCGCCACCUCUGCAGGUGGGGAGAUGCAGCCUGUGCUGUAUGGCCAAAUGAUGGUCCAGGAUCAGACACGUAUAAUUUUGGACUGUGGAGAAGACAACAUCUGCAUCCCAGACCUCCGACUCUCUGCUCACACGAAUGAAGGCUCCCUGCUAAUUGGGGCAGAGAAUGUGGUUCUCAUCCAGGCCACAGCAAUGAAUGCAGGUGAAGGUGCCUAUGAGGCAGAGUUGGUGGUGGAGUUGCCAUUUGGAGCUUACUUCCAGACAGCCAACAGCAAUACACAGAAGUUGAUUUGCAACGCCCGCAAGGAGAAUGAGACCCGCUUGGUGGCCUGUGAAAUUGGCAACCCUAUGGAAUCCAACACCACGAUUAAGGUGGAUUUGGAGCUAAGCAUCAGCCAGCUUGAAGAGGCCAGUGAUACCAUCACUUUCAUGCUGCAGCUGAGGAGUAAGAACAGCCACAAUCCCAAUAGCAAUGUGGAACAGUUGCGGGUCCCAGUCAAGGUUGCUGCAAGGAUGAAAUUGCUAGGGAUGUCUGCGCCAGCUGCCAUUGUGCUCCCGCUGGUCACUGGGGACUAUAAGAACAGGAGCACGAAAGCCAACGACUAUGGACCAAGAGUAGAGCAUGUUUAUCAGUUGCAGAAUGCUGGCCCUAGCACUGUAUCUGAGGUUGAGCUUCUUGUGGACUUCCCCAGCAACUUCCGGGAAGGUUUCUUACUUUACAUCACAAGGGUGAGCACUGAAGGCAACAUCACCUGCUCACCCACUAAUGAGACCAACCCUCUGAAGCUGGAAGUCCAGGAACCUACAACUGUCCCCAGAUCCAACAAAACUUCCCAUCUACGGCGCUGGCGUGAGAGGCGUGAUGUGAGCCCAGCAACACUGCAGGAGCCGCUUGUGGUGAACUGUAGUAGCCAAGACUGUGCUGUCAUCUACUGCCAAGUGGGGACCCUGGAAAAAGGGCACGGAGCCAUGGUGACCAUCCACUCAGUGCUGUGGCUGCAGAGUUUCCAGGAGCAUCCCCUGGAGCAAUUCCUCAUCCAGUCUCAGGCCCGAUUCAGCACUUCAGGGAUGCCGUACCAUAUUCAGCCGGAGAUUCUACCACGCGGAUCCUCCCUGGCUAAGACACUGGUGGAGUGGGUGGAUCCUGAUGCUGAGAGGGACAUCCCUGCAUGGUGGAUCAUAGCAGCUGUGCUGGUGGGGCUUCUCCUCCUUGCACUCUUCAUUAUCAUUCUUUGGAAGACAGGCUUUUUCAAGAGGAAGCGACCACCCACAGAGGAGGAGGAGCAGCUGACCAAUGAUCCUGGCACCCAAACAACUGGGAAGGAGCAGUAGUGGGUGAUCCUAUACUUAUACUACCAGGACCCCUUCCCUCCCAUCUGAUCUUAUUACUGCAUGGAUUCAUCUCUUCAUGGUGCCAAGAAGCUGCAGCUAGGCCCCUUCUGAGUCAUCCCCACCCUUCCCUUUGCUCUACUUCAUACCGCCCUCCCUUAGCCAUACUUCAGGACACACCCCUUUCUCUUGCUGAACGGAUGCCAGCAACAGACAGAGCUGGGGAAGGAUGCUGUAAUUUCCACACGCUUAACUGUGUACCACAGAUGUGAUCCCUUCAUCUCUUCACCCUUAAAAAGGUCCUGAGUAGGAGAUGCUUGGCCUCUUAAAACCACCCCCCGCUUCUCAAAGUGGGCCAUCAGUGAGAUUAAAAUAAAAAAUGACUUGCUGGUUCAUAGAUCAGAAAAAAUAGGUCUCAAAGAAAUAUAAUAAAACAACAGAUUUUUUUAAAAAGUGGAAGUUUAAUUCCAUUAGAAUAUAUAUCUGUAAAAAUAUGCCAAAUAUACUAAAUAUGUUAUGAAAGCAGUCAAGAGAAUGCUGCCAUCUACUCCAGAAUUCAUACAUUUGGUAUCAAACAAUUCAAACAGUUAUACUGUAGUUUGAUUGUGUAUCACACUCUUCAUAUGCCACAAUUCCUGCGAGAUUGUUGUUUCAGAAUUACUCCUUAGGAAUGAAUCUUAACAGGUGUGUGAACUCUCCUAGAGACCAUUUGUGGACUCAUAUGACAAAUAAGCAAUACCCAUUCCUAAUAAAUACCUGGUCAGUUCCCCAGUUGUGACAUUUUCCUCCAGUGUGCAGAGGUGAUACUGAAUUGUUUUUCCUGCACUAACAUUGUUGGUUUUCAUCUCCUUUUUGUGACCUCAAAUACGUCCAAAUUUUCAGCAGUAUUGAUGUUCAGUGGUGCUUCCUGGGAAAACAAGCAUCACAGGAGCAAUGUCUUGUCCAAUGGAUAUGAGAAUAAUUUUGGGCUGACUCCCAAGGUGGGGAGGGGGAGGGGAGGAAAAGGUUGGUGGUGAUACUCUUCCCCCAUGUAGCUCAAUACCCUGGGGUCUGAUGAGGUCACCCAGCGGCUGCUGAAGGCAUGGGACAUACUACCUUGAGUGUGAACUGUUUUGCUGUUAUAAUAAACAAAUGCUCCCAUUCAUUGU